CUUAAAAGAUAAAAAGCGAUUAUAAGAAUCGCUAGACUAUCUGUUACAUACUUUAUUAGUUGAAGUAAACUGAAGAUAAAUCUUUUAUAGAGAUACGUAGUUUACGUAUCUUUGUAAAACGUAUAUAUGCGUAGCUUAAAUAUUUAUGGGAUCGCGAAUAGUAACUACAGUGUGUGCCACGGAACACGAAGUGAAAGUCUUAAGUUUUCUUGUUGAACCUUCUUAGUUGAAUCAAGAACAAGUUAGUCUCCGGUCGAUUGCCUCUUUGGACGGUUCUAUGCAUGAUACCAUGGAAGAAAAAAAAAUGAGCGAAGAGACAACAAUGAAAGCUACAGGAUACGGAGCUGUCAAAUACAAGGAUGAAAUCGACGAAUCCUCGUGGAAAUUUUGGAAGAAAAGAAGAUACGUUGUAGCAAUUUUAGCGUUUCUAGGAUUUUUCACUUCUUAUAUACUUCGUGUUAAUUUGAGCGUUGCGAUAGUUGCGAUGACCGAAGAUAAGAUCGAUGAGAAUGGAGUCAUUUAUCGAAGACGAGAAUUCGAUUGGGAUUCGAAAACGAAAGGACUUGUUUUGAGUUCAUUUUUUUAUGGAUAUUUAAGUACCCAAUUAUUAGGUGGAUGGUUGGCUGCUAGAAUUGGAGGUAAAAGAGUAUUUGGUCUUGGUAUUGCAGCAACAGCAUUGUUUACUAUCAUUACACCUCCUCUUGUCAGAGCAAGCGUAUAUAUUCUAAUCGUUUUGCGUAUUGUUGAAGGAAUUUGUGAGGGUGUUACAUAUCCUUGCAUACAUGCAAUUUGGGCUAAUUGGGCACCCCCAUUGGAAAGAUCGAAAUUAGCAACCUUGGCAUUCUCUGGUAGCUUUUUAGGAACCGUUUUUGCUAUGCCUAUUUCUGGCAUAAUGGCUGAACAUCUCGGUUGGUCUUCAGUUUUCUACGUAUUUGGAGCAGUAGGACUUAUUUGGUUCAUUGCCUGGUGGAUGCUAGUCAAGGAUCAUCCUGCAGAUGAUCCUAGAAUAUCUCAAGCUGAAUUGGAAUAUAUUCAAAGUAGUAUUGGUAUUACUGGGAACCAAAUGAAAGUAAAACAUCCGUGGAAAGCUAUGUUGAGUUCACCACCUGUUUGGGCUAUAGUCGCUGCUCAUUUCAGUGAAAAUUGGGGAUUUUAUACGAUGUUGACCCAAUUACCAACAUUUAUGAAGGACGUGCUCAAGUCCGAAUUGGAAGCAACCGGUUUUAUGUCUGCUCUUCCUUAUUUGGCGAUGACCAUAGUCGUCCAAUUUUCCGGUCAACUGGCUGAUUAUUUAAGAACAAAAGAACUUUUGACGACGACUCAGGUUCGUAAGAUAUUUAAUUGCGGUGCAUUUAUCUUUCAAACGAUCUUUAUGACCUCUACUGCCUUUGUCUCGACUAAAGUAGGAGCGGUUAUCUGUAUCACCAUAGCAGUUGGCCUUGGUGGCUUUGCUUGGUCUGGCUUUGGAGUCAAUCAUUUAGAUAUCGCUCCGAAACAUGCCAGUGUAUUAAUGGGAAUAGGCAAUACAAUCGCAACUUUACCAGGAGUUGUGAGUCCGAUUAUUACUGGAUACAUUGUUCAAAAUAAAAGUGCAACAGAAUGGAGGACAGUAUUUAUUAUUGCUGGUUCAGUGUAUCUCAUAGGUGCUAUAAUUUAUGGUAUUUUUGCAUCCGGUGAAAAACAAAGUUGGGCCGACGAUACUUCGAAAAAGCAAGGCGAAGAAAUAGUUUAUGAUAAUCCAGGAUUAGAAAUAGAUAAUUUAUAAUUAAUAAAUAUUUUAAUAAAGAAAAAAAAAUUAAGAUACAUUAUAAUUAAUAAUGAUCGAAAUAAUUACAUAGUCGUAAUUAUAUGUCACACAUAUCGAUGAUUUUAUAUGAAUUGAUAAUGUAUCAUAUUAUUAUUAUUACUAUUACUAUUAUUGUUAUUAUCA